CGUGAUUCGAGUCGUAUUCAUUGUGCAAUGAAGGAAUCUUAUAUCCAUAAGAAACCAUUUUGUCAAACUCAAAGAUGAGGUAAUGUAAAUGGGCGAAUAAUCUCCCUUCCAGACAUUCCCACUAAGCUGAACAAGCCAGGAAAAACAAAUUCGACUGCAUGCAAAUCCUAGCGGUGCAUCCUCACAGCCUCCCGUCCCCCUGAUUCUGAUCCUGUCUCAGGUAGGAACACAGCGGCACAUGCCAAAGAGCAAUGGCAAUGAUCUCAGGCUUGUGGGAGCCAUGCUGGUGAAUCGUGGCUUGGGGCCUGACUAAUAUUAGCUAGAGAGGUGUUGCCUGAGGGCUCUACCUGGGCAUAGACUCCACCCCACUGACAGCUCCACCGUGUUAGACAGACAUACAGGACUGAUCAGAUACAACGCCCGUAGUCCUCACACACACUUCGACAUCGUCCAAGCGGUUGUCCGUGGUCCAGGACAACUUCACGGAUUUUGGAAGGUUUAUACCGGGACCGCCAUCAGGCAGCAGGAAAGCCAAUAUGGAAACGCGUCAAGAAAGAAAACCAAAGAAGCCUCAUUAUAUUCCCCGUCCUCCUGGCAAACCCUUCAAAUACCAGUGCUUCCAAUGUCCCUUCACCUGCAACAUCAAGUCGCAUCUCUUUAAUCACAUGAAGUACAACCUGUGCAAGAACUCCAUCUCUCUAGUGUCUCAGCGUGGAGACCAGACAGGCAGAGCGUCCCGAGCUUCACAGCGCAGCACUUCCACUAAUCAGGUACACCCUGAACCCUCAAUGCCAGUCAAACCCAGUCCAAUCCAACCGAACAACCCUAACGGCAAAAUGAAUACUAUAGAAAAGCUGGAUGAGUUGGCCUCCAAAAAGGUGGAAGUGGAACAUAAUGGAGAAGGAAAUGAGAGUCCUGUGAAGAAAGCUCCAGAAAAUACUGAGCUGAUCAGCAGUGAAAGCAGGGAUCCGGGAGCUGUUGAAACACCGAUACAGUGCACUUCCUCCUCUGCCUUUUCUCCAGUUCAACGGAAAUCUGAAAACGAGGCUGUGCCCCUGCGUAAAGCGGAUCAACCACCUUCACACGGACCUGUUCGCCCUUCUUUCCACCCUGGAUCAACCUGGGCAACAUCUGCUCACCUCAAACCCCCUGCAGAUUACCCACCAUACAUGCUUCCUGAUAGAACUGCUCAUGCCUUUUACCAGACCUACUUGCAGAACCAAAGCAUCCCACCUGCUUACUGUCUGAGCCUUCAAGAUCACAACAGACCCCUUGUACCAGCAUCUCUAAUCCCACCCAAUCACCCUUCUCUUCUUCCACCAUACCCCUACAGAUAUAGUCACCCCCUGCUCCAAGGUGUCCCACCCUUUCCUUAUGGUGUUUAUCCUCCUGAACACACUCAGACUUUACAGGGCCCAAGGUAUAUACCCAUGGAGAUGUUCUCCCAUGGCUUUGAGCCAAGGGACUAUGGAAGGUACGCCUACCUCCAGCCAGGCUCCUACAGCAGACCAUCGGAAGCCAGAGGGAACCAACAGCAUGGAGGUGACAGGGCUACUCGCCAGAGCCCGAUGGCUGGCUGCGCUGCUUCGGGGUCUCCAGACAGGCCAAGCAUUGCAGAGAUCACCCAGCACAAGGCCAGCAACACACAGCAUUCUACUCAUCGUGAGCCACAAUCUACCUGCCAAACAGAGUGUACCACUCCAGGAAGGGGGCCAAUCAGAGAACCAGAAAGAUCAAUGGAUCUGUGCACCAAACAGCAAGAAAGCAGCACAAAGAAGCAAAGAAGAGAUAUUAUAGAAGGUACUACUCUUGGUACUACUCUACGCUCUGGCUUCUUAUCCGAAGAAGCUGAGGAUGAAGACAGCGAUGACGCAGAAGCUCCUCUAAAUCUGUCAAAACGAGACUGGGACAAAACCAUCCACACAUUCGACAAUGUGUCAGACGAGGAGCUCGACUCAGAAUCUGAAAGCGGUGAAGAAGAUUCCCCUCUCGAUCUCCGUCUCUGUGCCCAGGCAGGUUCUGGCACAAACUCAGACGAGGUCCCUAAACAAGUCAGUCUCAGACAAGUGCAGACAAGUCCAACGGAGGAAGAGCAGUGUGACCGCAGACACUCUGCAGCAUUUGCACUCUGUCAGCUGGCUAGCUCAAGCAACAUCAAUACGAUCAAACUUCCUUCAGAACCACAAACGGAUAUUCAAAGUCACGAACCAGAUGAGGCUCCUGACACAAGCAAGUCUAAGCAGAACAUGGCAACCAAGAAGCAGAAAAAACAGAGUGAGGAGACUAUGAAAACCACCAGCAAGAGAGUCAGGGUGAACGAGCCGGUCCGGGACAAGAGGAGGAGGACCCAGAACUGCUGAUUGACAUUUGAAGAGGACUGGUUCUUUCAGAUGCACCCUUUUUGGCUGAUGUCAAAGACUUACCUUUGAUAUGUAUGUAUAUAGCUUUUCUUACAUGCAGCAUUCUCCGAUAAGUCCGAGUGUCAGAUAUGUCAGAGUGCAGGUUUAAAAUGAGAUUGUACAACAUGUUAUGUUUAAACAUUUAAUUUUGCUGUAAAUAAAGAGUUUGUAAAAUACA